CCACAGACGCCUCCAUCCUUCAUCCUAACAUGCAGCUGACGGGCCUCUUCCUCCUCCUCACCUGGACUGUGCUCCAGACAGCCGAGGCUCUGCAGUGUCAUCGGUGUACAACCCCGGCAUGCACCAACACAACUUCUGUUGAAUGUGACACAGACAGUCCAGUCUGUACCUCCUUCACCUCAGUGACCUGUUCAGGUCUUGCUAGCUUGGUAACUGUGACCAAAUCCUGUGUGAAGUUAUCGAGCUGCACCACUCCUCUGAACCAGCAGACGGAGGUCUCUGUGAACUUGGGCUUCGCACAGAACACCCGCAGCCAGCUCUGCUGCAACACCGAUAACUGCAACUUCCAGACGCUGGCCAGUCCUCUAUGCCAGCAGAAUGGGAAGCGGUGCCCAUCUUGUGGAAGUUUGGCCAACGCCGAUGCUGGGAGUUGUAACUCCACCAUGUCCUGCGCCGGCUCAGAGAACAGCUGCUUCAGCGGCACCAUUUCCUCCAGUUCCAAGGUGCGGCAAGGGUGUAUAUCCAAGAACCUGUGUACGAUGCCCGCCACCACGGAGUUUCUCCUGGAUUCAUCAGAGGUCACCAUCACCUGCAGGGCGCCGUGGAGCCUGAAAGUCAACGCGGGGCUGCUCCUCCUUGGUCUCUCCGCCCGUAGAUUUCUUUUCUAGUGGCGACAUCACAUGCACAUACAUACGUCUUGCUAGCGUGAGAUUCCCACCACUCUGUUUCAUAGUCGUCGUUGUUGUUGUUGUUUUAUGAAUCUCUUUCUGAUCUGUUCAUCCUGUCUUCAUUCCUCUCUGGCCCUGUUCACACUUGGCAUUAAACUGCUCGAGUGAUCAGAUCACAGCCAGACGGGUAAACACACCCAAUAUAUAUCUAAUUAUACCCGAA